AUGUGGCGAGUUUUACUCCUUUUGGGAGUUGUGACAGCGCAGGCACCGUCGGCUUCACCGUCUGCUGCCGAAGUGUUAGCACAGAGUAUAGAUGGCACAUCAGUCCAUGAAUUUCGUGGAUACUACAAAAGAGAGCAUUCUUUGACUCGGCCGUACCAAGGUGCUGGGAUGGAGAUUCCAUUUUGGAACAUUCAAGGCAGCUCAAUGGUUACUAGUCAACAAGUCCGAUUAACAGCUGAUGAACAAAGCCGGCAAGGAGCUAUAUGGAACAUGCAACACGCCCAUCCUUAUAUAUCAGCCAUGGUCUCGGAUGGUAGCUUGCAUUACGACCACGAUAAAGACGGGACUCAUACUCAACUGGGUGGAGAGCACACUGGAUGUGAAGCAAAAUUCCGGAAUAAGGAUCAUGAGACGCAAAUUCUUAUUAGAUAUGUAGGAGAUACUCUAUCGAUUUUUACGGAUAUUGCUGGAAAGUUCGAAUGGAAGUUGUGCCUUAGUGUGAACAAUGUGCAGCUUCCAACUGGUUAUUAUUUUGGAAUAAGUGCAGCUACUGAUAAUCACGAUGUCAUUGGAGUGAAAAUGUUUGAGCAAGAAUUUGCCCAUGUCGAUCGCGUUGGAGAGGGAGACCGCAAAGACGUUGUCCCUCGAGCGGAAUUCCAUGCCGCUCCUCGUGAUCAUAUUGAUAAUCCACGUCCCUCCAAACUUGGGUGGUUUGGCACUAUCGUACUAGUCGUCGUCGGUAUAAUUGUCUUAGUCGGUGUUCUCGGAUUUGGCGUGAUUUUCUUUCAGAAAAGGAGUGAACGUCAGAGAAAGCGAUUUUAUUGA